UUAAGGUGCGUGCGUUCCUUCUUCUUCAUCACCAUUGUAGAUAAAACAGUUUCGGGCCAAAGUUGUAUGAACAAACACUGUCUAGACUCCAUAGAUGUUCUCUUCCUGCCUUCAACUUCUCUCUCCUCUCUCUUUCCCCUUCCCUUGUCAACCUCUUUCCUUUUCCCGCCAAAACCCCCCUUCUCUUCUUCCACCCGCCGUUCAUUCCGCCGCUGCGGUCGCCGUCGAUGUCUCACUGUCGAAACCCAAUUCGCUAUCACGGUCGCCGGAGUCGUGGAUCGAGUCACUCCGGUGGAAAGUUCGAUCCAACCUACUCCGUGAAGCCAUCUCGACCUACAUCGACAUGAUUGUUUCGGGCGUAUCACCUGAUAAUUUCGCUUUCCCUGCUGUGCUAAAGGCUGUUGCGGAUCUUCAAGACUUGAAUUUGGGGAGACAGGUUCAUGCCCAUGUUUUCAAGUUCGGGUAUGGGUUGAGUUCCGUCACUGUGGCUAACACCCUCGUGAAUUUCUACGGCAAGUGCGGAGAUUUAGGGGGUGCCUACAAGGUGUUCGACAAAAUAUCCGAUAGAGACCAGGUAUCAUGGAAUUCAUACAUCUCUUCUUUGUGUAAGUUCGAGCAGUGGGACAUGGCGUUAGAGGCAUUUCGGUCUAUGUUGGAUGAUAACACUGAGCCUAGUUCCUUUACUUUGGUGAGCAUCGCACUCGCUUGCUCGAAUUUGCAUCAGCUCGAGGGCGGCUUGAAGCUCGGACAACAGAUCCAUGCCUAUAGUUUGAGAACGGGGAACUUGAACACGUUUAUCAUCAACUCUCUGAUGGCCAUGUACGGUAAACUGGGAAAGUUGGAACAUUCUGAGAUCUUACUGGGAAUGUUCGAAGGCCGUGACUUGGUCACAUGGAACACAAUGCUGAGUUCUUUCUGCCAGAACGAGCAGUUUCUGGAAGCGUUGAAGCAUUUGCGAGAAAUGGUGCAACAAGGAGCAAAACCAGAUGGGUUCACCAUAGCAAGUGUUCUCCCUGCUUGCUCGCAUUUGGAGAUGCUAAGCACAGGGAAAGAAAUGCAUGCCUAUGCUUUGAAGAAUGGCAUUCUGACCGAGAAUUCUUUCGUGGGAAGUGCUUUGGUCGAUAUGUAUUGCAACUGUAAGCAGGUGGAGAGUGGCCGCCGAGUUUUUGAUGGAAUCUUUGAUAGAAAGUUAGGUCUUUGGAAUGCUAUGAUCACUGGGUAUGCCCAGAACGAUCAUGACGAGGAAGCAUUGAUGCUGUUCAUUGAAAUGGAGGAGACAUCUGGGCUUCUGGCUAAUACAACUACAAUGGCGGGUGUUGUCCCUGCUUGUGCUCGUUCUGAUGCCUUCUCCAGAAAGGAAGAUUUCCAUGGAUUUGUCAUAAAACGAGGUCUGGCUAGAGAUAAGUUUGUGCAGAAUGCACUGAUGGAUAUGUAUUCCAGGUUGGGAAAGACCGACACCUCCGAGAUGAUAUUUGAUAGUAUGGAAGAUCGAGAUGUAGUUUCAUGGAACACGAUGAUCACGGGUUAUGUCAUCUCAGAUCACCAUGAGGCCGCUCUCCUUCUGCUGCGUAAGAUGCAAAACCCUGAAGAAACAGAAAUAAACGUACGAGAAAAAACAAGCCGGACUGGUUUGAAACCUAAUUCCAUCACUCUGAUGACAAUCCUACCCGGCUGCGCUGCUCUAUCAGCAUUAGCAAAGGGGAAAGAAAUCCAUGCUUAUGCCAUCAAGAACAUGUUGGCAACUGAUAUCGCUGUAGGAAGCGCAUUAGUUGACAUGUACGCGAAAUGUGGCUGCCUGGACCUGUCAAGAAAAGUGUUUGAUCAGAUGCCAGUCAGAAAUGUGAUAACCUGGAAUGUGAUCAUAAUGGCUUAUGGGAUGCAUGGAAAUGGAAGGGAAGCCUUAGACCUGUUCAGGAAAAUGGUUCCGGAAGUAAAACCAAACGAAAUUACAUUCAUCUCUGUAUUUGCAGCUUGUAGCCACUCGGGCAUGGUGGAUGAAGGAUUAAGGAUAUUCCGCAACAUGAAAAAGACCCGGGAACGGAUUCGGGGCGACGGAUCCAAGAUCCUACCUGAUUGGGGGUACGGUCGCGUCUACACCGCCGUCGUCGUCAACUGCACUUUCCCGUCGGUCUCCGCCGUUAACGCCGACAACUCCGGCGGGUCCCUCCUCCUCCACGCGACAACCGGCGACGCAGAUCGGAACGUCACCGACACGAUCCGUGUCUUGUCGGAGAAUCCAAACGCCGUCGAUUUCGAGCUCUACGACUCGACGGGGGGCCGCCGUCGUCCCGAGUACGAUUACCUCUACUGCGGCUCGUCCCUGUACGGAAACCUAAGCCCGCAGCGCGUGAGGGAGUGGAUCGCGUACCACGCGCGGCUCUUCGGCGAGAGGUCACACUUCGUGCUCCACGACGCGGGUGGGGUCCACGAGGAGGUGCUGGAGGUGCUGCGGCCAUGGAUGGAGCUCGGACGCGUGACUUUGCACGACAUCCGGGACCAGGAGCGGUUCGACGGGUAUUACCAUAACCAGUUCAUGGUGGUGAAUGAUUGCUUGCACAGGUACAGAUUCAUGACGAAGUGGAUGUUCUUCUUCGACGUGGACGAGUUCAUCUACGUGCCGCCUAAGAACACUAUCGCAUCUGUGAUGGAAUCCAUGGACGAGUAUUCUCAGUUCACCAUCGAGCAGAUGCCGAUGAGCAGCGAGCUCUGUUUCUCCGGCGACGGUCCGGCGAGAACUUACAGGAAAUGGGGAUUCGAGAAACUAGCUUACCGGGACGUGAAGAAGGUCCCUCGAAUGGACAGGAAAUACGCCGUCCAACCCAGGAACGUGUUCGCGACCGGCGUCCACAUGUCGCAGAAUCUGCAGGGGAGAACUUACCACAAGGCCGAGGGGAAGAUCCGAUACUUCCAUUACCACGGAUCCAUCUCUCAGCGCCGAGAGCCUUGCCGUCACCUCUUCAACGACACACGGAUCGUCUUCCGGGGCAAUCCGUACGUACUGGACACUACCCUUCGGGACGUGGGCCUCUCGGUCAAGACGUUCGAGCUGAGGACGAUCGGCGACCGGCUUCUCCGUACGCGGCAAUGAAUAAAACUGGCGAAGAGUUGUCACUGGGUUUAGUGGGAUAGGCACAUGUCUUUGCUCUUUUCCUGAUCUUUUUUUUGCUUUAAUUUUUGGAUGUAUUAUAUAUAUAUAUAUAUAUAUAUAUGUAUGGGUUCAUAGGUACAGCUCAUACUCGUUGUAUGUAAUAAUCAUAUCUUUUUAUGAGUUUUAUUAAUUUAUUUAUAUAUUAUUUCUCGAGA